AUGCCUCGUGGUCAGAAGAGUAAGCUCCGUGCUCGUGAGAAACGCCGCCAGAACAGAGCUGAGGCCCAAGGUCUUAGGAGUGCUCAGGCAGCAACAGCAGAGGAAGAGGCCACUGCCUCCUCCCCUCCUGUUACUGGGGAUGGUGCCUCGAGCUCUUCUGUUACUGGCAGUCUCCAGGCACCUGCAAGUGUCUCGGCUGCCACCAGUGCCACUGCAGGUGUUUCGUGCGAGAGAUCUGAUGUACGUGCCAAGAGCCAUGUUCAGAAGAGUAAAAAGUCCCAGGCCGCACCUUCCAGUGAGAGCUCAGGCCAAGAUCUUCUAACUAGGAAGGCGGAUACAUUGGCGAACUACCUGCUGUGUAAGUACAAAAUGAAUGAGCCCAUUAAAAGGGGAGACAUGCUGAAAGUCAUCCACAAAAGGUACAGGGAGCACUUCCCUGAGAUCCUCAAGAAAGCCUCUGAGCGCAUGGAUCUGUUCUUUGGCCUGGAAGUGAAGGAAGUCAAGCCCAACAGUCACUCCUAUUCCCUUGUCUGCAAGCUGGAUGACACCAGCGAUGGGAGUGUGAGCUGUGCCUGGCAAUUUCCUAGAAAAGGGAUUCUGAUGCCUCUGCUGGGGUUGAUCUUCUUGAAUGGCAACCGCGCCUCUGAGGAGAAGAUCUGGGAACUCCUGAAUAUUUUGGGCGUCUACGCUGGAAAGACACACUUCAUCUUCGGGGAGCCCAGGAAGCUUAUCACCCAAGAUUUGGUGCAGGAAAAUUACUUGGAGUACCGGCAGGUGCCCGGCAGUGAUCCUCCACGCUUCGAGUUCCUGUGGGGCCCAAGAGCCCAAGCUGAAACCACCAAGGCGAAAGUCCUGGACUUUUUGUCCAAGGUCAAAGAUACCGUCUCCACUGACUUCCCACCCCGUUACGAAGAGAUUUUGAGAGAUGAGCAGGAGAGAGCCCGGGCCACUGCGGCAACCAUGGCUGGGGCUACCGACAAAGCCAGAGCACGCUCCAGGGCCACGUCCAGCCGCUACCCUCCCCCCGAGUGA